GUGUCCGAAUAAAUACUAAAAAAAAUUACCGAAUUUAACGUUAUCGCCCAGUGAUAACAUAUCAACUUAUCACAAAAUUAGCACUUUUUUUUGGGAGAAAUGAAAACACUAUUCUAAACUUUUUUUAAGUUUAGAAAAGAUUUCCGUUUUCUUUACUUCAUACUGUUUAAUACGUGAUGUAAUUUUUAAGUUCGAUGGACGCGAAAAUGUAUUUUUUCCCCGAUAAUUACGCAAUGUCGGUGUUCAUGGUGCGGCGUUUUUGAUAAAUUUGUGUUAUCCGGUCCUGUGCGCGCGUUGUCGCUUGUUGCCAACUUCCGACCGGUUCGAGCGCAAGAAUGUCAACGAUGUGUGUCGACAGUAGUUGUGAAUGUUUACUGUUCAAGUUAAUUAAUUAAGUGUUUUAAAUUAACAAUAAGUAAUAAAAUGUUUGUUAUAAAACCUUGUGUGCGAUAGUGCUUUAAAAUCUGGGGUGUGAGGUCACCGUCACAUUUCAAAAUGGCAGGCCGAAAUCGUCCAGUCCAGCAUAAGAACUUUUCUACAAUAUUUUCCAAGCUACAGGGUGCUUUUUCCGAUGCCGUGACCCACCAGAAAUACGCCACCGACAAAAGGACUUUGGAAAAAACUUCGAAACUAAUGGACAAAGUAGUGAAACUGUGCCAACAUCAAAAAAUGAACUUGAAAAAUUCGCCCCCCUUUAUUUUAGAUAUUUUACCAGACACUUAUCAAAGAUUAAGAUUUAUUUGUUCGAAAUACGAAGACAAUAUGAUUGCGUUGCAUAAUAACGAACAUUUUCACAUAUUUAUUAUAAACCUGAUGCGGAAGUGUAAGCAAGCAAUCAAAUUGUUCAAGGAGGGUAAAGAGAAGAUGUUCGAUGAGAAUUCGCAUUACAGGAGGAAUUUAACGAAGCUUAGUUUAGUGUUUAGUCAUAUGUUAAGUGAAUUAAAGGCCUUGUUUCCAAACGGAGUGUUCGCAGGCGAUCAGUUUCGUAUCACUAAGUCGGAUGCUGCAGACUUCUGGAAAACCAAUUUUGGAAACAGUACUUUGGUGCCGUGGAAACUUUUCCGUCAAGAGCUGAACAACGUCCAUCCGAUCAGUUCUGGUUUAGAAGCAAUGGCCCUCAAAUCCACCAUAGACCUCACUUGUAACGAUUACAUAUCAAAUUUUGAGUUCGACGUUUUUACCAGGCUAUUUCAACCAUGGGCCACUCUCCUGAGAAACUGGCAGAUUCUGGCCGUCACUCAUCCAGGUUAUGUUGCAUUCCUGACUUACGACGAAGUCAAAUUAAGACUGCAGCGUUACAUUAACAAAGCGGGAAGUUACGUAUUUCGACUGUCUUGCACGAGACUGGGCCAAUGGGCCAUCGGUUACGUCACGGCCGACGGCGAAAUUCUCCAAACGAUACCUCAGAAUAAAAGUCUGAUUCAAGCCCUCCUCGACGGACACAGGGAGGGUUUCUACUUAUACCCCGACGGGAGGUCCGUCAAUCCGGACCUGUCGUGGGCCGUGCAACCUACCCCUGAGGACCACAUAGCGGUUACACAGGAGCAGUACGAGUUGUAUUGUGAGAUGGGCAGCACAUUCCAACUAUGUAAGAUUUGUGCCGAGAAUGACAAGGAUGUGAGGAUAGAGCCGUGCGGGCACUUGCUGUGUACACCGUGUUUGACUGCGUGGCAGAUCGAUUCUGACGGACAGGGGUGUCCGUUCUGCCGGGCCGAGAUCAAGGGCACCGAGCAGAUCGUCGUGGACCCGUUCGACCCGAAGAAGUCCCACAACCGGCCGAAGACGUCGUCGGCGAGCUCCCCGAACGCCGCGAACCUCGACGAAGACGACAUGGAGUUCGAGGAUGUUGGAGAUUUAUGGACGUGUACGGGAAGUAGCUUACAUGCUCUGGCUCUAUCGCCUAGAGGGGAAAUUUCAGCCUCCGCCAGCCCCAUGAUCUCCCCCGGCAGCAGCCCCCGCUUCGUGCGGCGCAGCGUGACCCCCGGCACCAUCGGCGCCAUCCCGCCGCCGCUGCCCCCGCGCAAGAACUCGCCGACGCACGAGCAGACCGUGCUGCCCACCACCUCCAGCGUGCCCCUCCGCAACGGCCUGCACGUCGCCAACGGGCACAAGUUCGCCCCCAGCCAGAUGAACGAGGCCCAGUCGGUGACCAACCUCUCCCAGAACACCAUCGAGGUGCCCCAGAUCGCCAAGAGCAACUCCAUGAUGGAGAUCCACCGACACCCGAGUUCCGAAAACGAAAACGUCGUAGAAUUAAGCUCCCCCGAGACCAUAUACGGUGUAGUUAUAUCAAAUUGUGAUAAUAUUAUAGAUAGCGGUAAGAGUCAGACUAGACAUUUGAGUUGUCCUUCGUCGAGGAACAAGCCGGUGGGCAACCAGCCGGUCAAGUCGAACACGUCCCCGAACAUCCACCAGGAGCAGGGGAACCACGUCUACGAGAACGUGAACCUGAAGCUGCCGCCCAAGCACAAGGAGCGCAUCAACCCGCUGGAGAGGGACGCGACGGUCUCCUACGAGAACUUGAACAUGGACUAUAUUAAAAAACUCGUGAGUGAGGGGUACUCGAGGGAUGCGGUCAUCAAGGCAUUGGGGAUUACGAGGAAUAAUGUCGAUAUGGCGUGUGAUAUUUUGCACGAGUUCGGGACGAAGUUGGGAUAGCAGAACUAAUGGUCGGAGUAGUUCGAUGUUACAGGUUAUUGGCAAAUUUUAGGGAGCGGUAGUUCGAUGGAAUCGGGGUUUUUUAAAGGGGAAGGCGGUUUCAUGAAGUUUCCACUGAGCUGAGAAGCUAUCGGGGUGGUCCUUGAAAUUUUACGCGCCAUUUUGGGGAUUCAAAAUGGCGGAUCUGUCACAUGUUGGUGAUUAUAACUUUAGAUCAUUGAUAAAUUUAUUUAUUUAUUAUAUGAUUCAAGGUUAUAACAUAACAUAGAAGCACGAUUGUGACAGUAAUUGGACACUCAUAACAGAAUAAUUAAUACGAAUCUAUAAAAUUAAUAUCUGAGCUGCAAAAAUACAACUGGCAACACUGCUAGUGUCAGUUUUAGUGAUUUAUUCAAUGCAAAAUAAUUUAAGGUGUCAUUUCAUUUUCAGUGACAGUUUCUUUUCAUUUUAAAACUUCAAAUUGACAGUCCGUGACAAGGAGCUGUCAAACGUUGUAGUGCCGAUUUUAACAGUUGCUGUCAAACACUUUGCGUUAAGGUUAAGUACCAAUACGAUGUUCUAAAUAGUCAGAUGUUAAAGCUCUCUCAAAAUGACAGCUAUAGAUGUUAAAAACCGUUUUUUAUUCAAUGUGUUCUUUUUUUAUAAACAUUAGCAAUUAUUAGUUAUUUAAUGGAGUCAAGAUUUCCUUAAAACUCUCAAACCUUUUAAUAUACGGCUUCUAAUGUCAUGGAAAA